AUGGCGGCGAGAGCGGGCGGCAGGAGACUCUCUCUGGACCUCCUCCAGAGGGCCACCGUCUCCGAAGUCUCGCUGGCGAGCGAGGUGAAGCGGGUGGAGUGCGAGUGCUGCGGGCUGGCGGAGGACUGCACCGGCGGCUACGUGAGGCGGGUAAAGGAGCGCUUCUGCGGACGGUGGGUGUGCGGACUCUGCGCGGAGGCCGUGAAGGAGGAGCUGGAGCGGCGCGUGCCGAGGGAGGAGGCCCUGCGCGCCCACAUGGAGGUCUGCCGGAGCUUCAACCGGACGGUGCGGCCAAACCCCGCCAUGUCGCUCGCCGCCGGCAUGACCGAGAUCCUCAAGAAGGGAUCCCGCCGGGCCGGCCGCGGCGGUUCCAAGAAGAAGUCGUGCACUUUCAAAGGCUGCACCGCCGGUUAG